CACUCUGGUUCCAGAAAUUACAUGAAAAUCUCUAUUCUCUACCUCCCACAGGGCCACUGCAGGGCGUAGCAACUAGUCAAAAAGCAUUUUAGAGAAAAACUAUUGCUGCUUUCUGUUUCCUGCUGCUUCUUUAUAGCCUGAUCACCUCCUCUUCCUUAACCUUGUCAAUUUAGUCCCCUCUCUUUUUGCCACUCUCUACCGCUCUCUCUUCUUUUUCUUCCCUGCAAAUGUCUCAAGUGUUCGUAAAAUCUCCUAAACACUGUGCACAGAAAGGAUUGAACGUCAACAAGCUCUACAAGAAGCUGUUCUUUGCCUUCUCUACGUUAUUCACCUCCAUUCUCUCACUAAUAUUAAUAAUCUGGCUUAUCUUACGCCCCUCAAAGCCUGAGUUCUCCAUAAGAGAAGCUGGCGUCUACCAGCUUAGCCUAUCAGACCCUCACCUUCUCAAUUCAUCCGUCCAACUCACCCUCCUCGCCAAGAACCCAAAUCAAAAACUUGGGAUUUACUACGAUGAGCUGCAAGUUUAUGCCGCAUACAAGGGACAACAGAUAACAACCUAUACCUCUCUUCCACCGUUCUAUCAAGGACAUCAAGACAGUAAUCUCUUGACAGCUUCUUUGGUGGGAGCAGGGCUGCCUGUGGCUCCAUCUUUUCGUUAUGAAGUUGGACGUGAUCAAACAGCCGGCCAACUAGUUCUGAAUCUGAAGGUGAACGGGCGGCUUCGGUGGAAAGUAGGGACUUGGGUCUCCGGCAGCUACCGCUUGAAUGUGAAUUGUGUUGCAGUUAUGGCUUUUGGGCCAGCCAUCCCAACAGGUCCACUCACUUCAAAGCAAGGGAUUCAGUGUGCUACUACUGUUUGAAUCAACAUGAAGAGCCUCCUGAUCUAGUGAGUAAUGUAUCUGCUGUUUUUAAUGGGCUUGCUUUUAACCUAGUUUGCUGCUUUUAUACUGAUAAUUACGGGUUGAUAGUAUUGGAUGUAAUGAUUAUAAGGAAGAUAUAUAUAAAGAAUGAAAAUAACGCUUGUUUGGAA